UUGAGUGUGGACAAUUUUGAAUGCAGGCAGGCUGACAAGCAGGGAAACUUGCGUUACCUUCCCCGGCGAUGACCCCCUGACUGAAUGCGCUCAAGAGCGAAGCCAGGGAAGUUUCCAUUUUGCUCUGAAUUUGUAUAAAGCCAUUUGAACUUGGCUGCAACAAACACAUUUGCAGCUUCUUCAGAUCUGAGUUUCAAAGUCUCGGGGGAAACGGGAGCGGUGAGCCAGCGCCACGAAACGGAUUAUCGACGAUCGUUCACGGCAUCACACAGCUGGUUGACUUUAUGCGAACCGCCUGGAUCUGUUAGCCCGGGUUGCCCCACAAAAACAACAGAGAAAGACAAUUUUGCGCAUAAUUCGAUUUAACUGCAUUAUUUGUAGAGCUUGUGGAACUUCCCCGCAAGUGUUGAGCAACUUUAAAAGCAAUGGUGGGAAGACUGAACUUGCGGAAUGUGUGUGACGAUGAUCCGCUGGAUAUGAAUUUCAAAGCUGAUCGGCCGCUGGACAGUCCGGACUCUGGUCUGCCUCCGAGUCCGAGUCCGAGCGUUUGGUUACUGCAGGGCACCGGGGCUGGUACCCCGAUCACAGAAGACGAGAACAGAGGGACAGCUGUGGUUCAUAAUAAUCGCCAUUUGCAUGCAUUGUCCUAUGGCGAAGGAAUUGAACUUGAUCCUCUGCCACUGAAAGAAAUAAGAUACACGUCGUCAGUGCGUUAUGAUUCAGAUCGGCACUUCAUCCAGUACGUGACCCUGCAGCCCAAGGGUUUGGGUCUGGAGAUGUGCAGCCAGACGGUGUUGGCCCUGCCUCAGAGCACCUGGAGACAUUACAAGACCCAGCUGGAGUUCCAGCCCCGUCAGCGGGUGCAGCGCUACCAGAGCACCACCAUAGUGUACCCCAAACACACCCGGACCUUCUACACCACCCAGCUCAAAUAUGACGGGCACAAGCUGACCAAGCGCUUCUUUUCAGCUGUAGAGAUGCAGGCUUCUGAUUGCCAGGCUGGUCUUUGAAAGACACACGGGCAUCUGUGCCUGAUGUUACACCCAUAUGUACCAAUUAUAAACCACUGCCUGCAUUCAUUGAGUCCCAAGAGG